CAGGGUCAUACCGCAGAGGGCACCUGUGCUAGGGGUCCAGGUUGGCAGGGCUAAGAUCGACCUCACAGGGCCUAGGCCGCUUCUCCCCAGAAUCCCCCUCUGAAAGCGGUCGUCUGGAAGCCCUGGUUCCCCCGCAGCUGACUCUGUGGUGGCAGCUUGAGGAAUAAAGGUAGCUUCAUAUUCCAGGUACUUGGUAUUUGCUGAGUAACUGGGAUGGCCUUGGAGGAGGGGCGAGGGACAAGUCUGGCUAGUUCUGCCCUGUUGUUCAUACACGGGAUUAGCUCACACAUCCAAAGCGGCUUCCCCGCCCAUCUGGUGGGGGCUGGCCCUCCGCCCUCCAGCCCCCUUUUCCCUCCGUGCCACGGGGACCCAGGGGCCAACAUGGAUUUCCCCGUCGACAUCAGCUGAGCCUGGAGGCCUGACACCUUGGGAGACUAUGGAAAGGGACAGCCGGAAUGCCUCCCUGGCAAGGACGCCUCCAGCCCGGGCAUCCCGGGGCCAAGCAUCUCCAGCCCGGGCAUCACCGUCCAGGUCAUCGUCCGGCAGGUCCUCAUCUGCCCUGUCAGCCUCCACGACAUCCUCUCCAACAAGAGUGUACCUUGUUAGAGCCACACCAGUGGGGGCCACCCCUGGCUGGGCAUCUCCUGCCAGGUCCGCGCCAGCCACCAGGGCCACCAGAGAGAGCCCAGACUCCCCUCCAACAGCCUCCCCCUCCCCUGCUGCUGGCCCGCUCCUAGGUCUCAGCUUGCCCAAGUUCACCUGGCAGGAGGGCCAGAAGCGGCUGCCGCUCAUUGGAUGUAUCCUCCUCCUCAUCGCCCUCGUGGUGUCGCUCAUCAUUCUCUAUGGGGGACGAGAGCCCCAGAGUCCGAGAGGGAUUGCAGUCUACUUCUGGCGGGGCCACACGAAGAUCAAGUACAAGGAGCCAGUAGAGAGCUGCCCCAAGAAUGCUGUGCACUGUGAUGGGGUCGUGGACUGUAAGCUGCGGAGUGAUGAGCUGGGCUGUGUGAGGUUUGACUGGGACAAGUCUCUGCUUAAAGUCUACUCUGGAUCCUCCCAUAAGUGGCUUCCCGUCUGCAGUGACAACUGGAAUGACUCCUACUCGGAGAAGACCUGCCAGCAGCUGGGUUUUGAGAGUGCUUACCGGACAACCAAGGUGACUGACAGGGAUUUUGCCAGCAGUUUCUCAAUCUCUGAAUAUAACUCCACCAUCCAGGAGAGCAUCUACAGGUCUGAAUGCCCUUCCCAGGAGUAUGUCUCUCUCCAGUGUUCCCACUGUGGACUGAGAGCCAUGACCGGGCGGAUCGUGGGAGGGGCCCUGGCCCCAGAGAGCAAGUGGCCUUGGCAAGUUAGCCUGCAGUACGGCACCACCCACAUUUGUGGGGGCACCCUGAUCGACGCCCAGUGGGUCCUCACUGCUGCCCACUGCUUUUUUGUGACCCAGGAGAAGGUCCUGGAGGGCUGGAAGGUGUACGUGGGCACCAACAACCUGCACCAGCUGCCCAAGGCAGCCUCCAUCGCCCAGAUCAUCAUCAACGGCAACUACACGGACGACCAGGAUGACUAUGACAUAGCCCUCAUGCGGCUCUCCAAGCCCCUGACCCUGUCUGCUCAUGUCCACCCUGCCUGCCUCCCCAUGCAUGGACAGACCUUCGGCCUCAAUGACACAUGCUGGAUCACAGGCUUUGGCAAGACCAAGGAGACAGAUGAGAAGACAUCCCCCUUCCUGCGGGAGGUGCAGGUCAGCCUCAUCGACUUCAAGAAGUGCAAUGACUACCUGGUCUAUGACAGCUACCUUACCCCCAGGAUGAUGUGUGCUGGGGACCUGCGGGGAGGCAGGGACUCCUGCCAGGGUGACAGCGGGGGGCCCCUGGUCUGCGAGCAGAACAACCGCUGGUACCUGACAGGAGUCACCAGCUGGGGCACGGGCUGUGGCCAGAGAAACAAACCCGGCGUGUACACCAAAGUGACGGAAGUGCUCCCCUGGAUCUACAGCAAGAUGGAGAGUGAGGUGCGCUUCCGGAAAUCGUAGGCAGCGGUCCUGCUGUCCUCACAGCACUGGCUGCUGUACAGACUCUGGCCCAAGUGACCGGGCCGUGUGCAACCUCAUCCCGGCUAAAGGCCAGGAGACACCUUCAUCGCUGCUGCCUCCACUGUCUGCUGCCCCUGUGUGUACACACAUGUGUGCCUCACUGCUCUCCCAAGGUCUUCAGAAACCAUGAAAGGCAUCAGCUCUUCCCAAACCCCAGGUUGGAAACCCCCAGGAGAUAACUGGGCACCGUGGAGGUUCCCAGAGGGCAUCCAUUACCGAUGGAGGAGGUAGAGCCCAGGGAAGGGCCUGGAAGGUCACAGCAGGAAUUCUUGCUCCUCUGACCCUGAUUUGGACUAGCUCAGAAUGGACAGCCUGCCCGGGACCCAGCCACCUCUGCUGUCACGAGACAGUGAUGGGUGUCACAGAGUUCCUGGACUGUCCUUAGUGGGAAGAUAUUCCCAUUGGCACCACCCCUGCCUGUUGGUGCCGUGGAGGGGACCAGGGGCUGCCGUCAACUCUGAACUGGACGCCACAGUCCUUGUUUGGUCACUGGCUGUUGGAGGCAAAUUUCAUUUCAUUUUAUUUUUAUAUUCAAGAACUGGAAGUAGAUGUAUUUUUAAAGAUUCUCCCCAAAUUCCAGGAGCCAAGAGAGUACUGAUCACCCAAGAACUCCGAGGGACUUUGGGGAGCUGUGCUCCUCGGGAGAUGUGCAGAACACCCCUGGCCACAAGGGGCCGGGUGAAGGCGCCCUUGGAGAUGCUCAGGGAAGGGAAUCCUCAUUGGGGCUGGUGAGCAAAUCCGUCCCAGAAACAGCCACAACUGUUGCUGCAUCCAAGGGCUCCAGGAGCAUGAAGGAACUGAUGCUGCUUCUCCGCAGGCCCCUGAGGCUGGGACAGUCCAGGUGGACAUGUGGCAUCCUCACAGCCAGGGCCUCCCUGGGACUUGGGAGUUUCUUUUCAGCUUUCUUAGUCUUUCAAUGUCUCAGUUGUUCCAGAGACACAGCAUUUGCCAUGAAAACUGCCUCAGGGAGAAAGCUGGUUCUAUCCCCAGAGCCUCCAAACCACCCUCCUCAAUGAUCCGAGUUGCCUCUCCUGCAGGUCUUCAGUGCAUUUGGCUUCCACAGACAUCCCCAUCUUUCUCUGGGGCACCUGUUCCUCCUGCAGCCCAUUCUCCUUACCUUCCUUGGGCCCAUCUGGUGGUGCUAUGACUCCCAGAGGCAGGAUCUAAGCAGAUCAGCCCAGCCCAGCUCAGGUGGGCGGCUGCUCAGGGAAAAGAUCCUUCUGGAAGAACAGCUGGAGCUGGCUGGCGUGGCUGGGCAGAGUCUGAGGGGGCUUGGUGACAUUAUCAAGGCUGGGGGUGGGGGCGGGCCCUGUUCAUGUUCACAGCAGCCCCAAGUAAUGGUCUUC